AUGAGAGGUCUCAAAUAUCUCCCUAAUACCCUUGCUGCCCUAUCCAUAUUAUCUCCAGUUGCUAGUCAACAAGAUGAUCUCGUAACCCAGAUCCCCCUCGCCUCUCAAGAUCAAACCAACGACUCAGACUGCCACAAUGUCGGCCUUGCCCUCGUCGCUUCUCUAGGCGAUGCAGCAUUCUACAACCCGUCAUCCUCCCUCCCAGGCUUCAGACAAACAUUCUUCACAUCCCUCCAGAGCGAGCUUAUCCCCGCCUGUAUCGUGACGCCAACAACAGCACAACAAGCGGCUAAAGCGAUAUCCAUCAUCAACCAGCACUCAUGUAUUUUCGCCGUUAAAUCAGGGGGUCACUCUUCGGUUCCGGGGGCGUCGAAUGCCCCCGGUGGGGUGACCAUUGAUCUCAGUGGGAUUAAUGAUAUCGAUGUUUCAGAGGAUUUGGAAUCGGUGAGGAUUGGGACGGGGAAUAGAUGGGCGAGUGUUUAUAGAAAACUAGAGCCUUUGAGUAGGACGGUUGCAGGGGGAAGAAAUAGUGAUGUUGGUGUUGGCGGGUUUGUACUUGGAGGAGGUAUCAGUUUCAUGUCACGGCGAUAUGGAUGGGCUACAGAUAAUGUUCGCAACUUUGAGGUGGGCACUCAUUGCUUGAUACAACUCUUGGUUAUUCACGUUGCAUCUCAGGUCGUCCUCGCUAAUGGUUCUUUAACCAACAUCAACCAAGCCAGCUCACCAGACCUCUUCUUUGCUCUUCGUGGAGGCGGCAACAAUUUCGGCAUAGUCACCCAUUUCGACAUGGAUAUCUAUCCACAAGGCCAAAUCUGGGGCGGUCAAAGUUUCUAUUUCAUGGAUCCAGCUGAAAUCGCAGUUCGCAAAGCAUCCUUCAACAUUACUCCCGGGCCAUUCUCCUUCACUCUCUGGAAUGUCAAGAAUGCCGUGUGUGUGUCAAUACUCAAACUAGCCUGCAAAACCGGGUAUUGCAUAGAUGGGAAGAAAUAUUGGCAAGCUGUUGAGGAUACCAUUGUAUCUGAGCAGUCCAUCAGUAUGCUCAAUUUGUAG